GACCCUAAAAAGUAGGUUAAGAAUGGAGGCAUUAUCAAGGAUUCUUUCCUAACAAUAAAUUUAUAAUACUGAUUAUUAUGGACCUACUAGCUUCUGCCAGUUUAAACUUUAAUGUUACACUUGCAGGUAUGUUUCAAAAGAGUAAAUAAAAUUGUGGUUAAAAAUUGUCAUUUAAAAGGAUGCUAGAGACGAUCGUAGUGGGUUCCAAUUCAAUGUUUAAAAAGACCUUGACUCGGUGAUUGUUGUACACUGCUAUAUAUGAGAAUUUGCUUGCAUGCUCCAGACAGCUGAUUCGUGAUUGUUAGUACGAGUGAUAGGAAUAUGCUAUAUCCGUGUCUUACCCGCUGGACCAAUGCUUGCAAUUACUGCAGCUUUUGUCUUGGUUCAUGCAAUAAAAACAAGGUUGAAGGUAGGGAUCCCUGCCGUUAAUGAAUCAACAAAGCACAAUUACUAAUGUUAAUAAAUAUACCAUAUAAUCUCAUAUUCAUUUCAUUCCACUAGUCACUUCACUAGUUAUUAUUAUUACUAAGACUCUUAGUUUUAAAGACUAAGGGACCGUGCACAUAUAAAUGUUUAUCAUGGCAUGCAUUAAUCAUUAAUGAAUAACGCGAAGGGUGUAGAGUAGAGUUAGAGUUAGAGAGCAAUGUUGUAUAAUAUAAUACCUUUUAUUUAUUUUCUUAGUUUGAGCUCAGUCAUUAUUUAUUUUAUUAAUAUUAUUAAUAAUAUUAAUGAAUAAUUGCAGUCAUUAAAUAAUUCAUUAAUUUCACAUGCCAUGCACAUAGACAUUCACAUAGACAUUAGUGUCACAUUAGCCAUAACUAAAGUGGGGUAUUUUACUUUUAAUUUUACUAAUUUAGUAGUAAUUUCAUUAGUAUUAAGUAUUUGAAUUUGAUGAAUGGAAAAUAUUUUCUAUACCAGUAGGCAGGGCCGAGUAGGGUGCAGUUUUCAACCCCCAUUGUCAAUUGUCAAUAGCAGGCAGUUGCCAUGAUGAUGACAUGACUUGCGUUAGUAGGUGAUAACACCCUGCUCUGAUGAACACUGUUCUUGUAUUAAACUUAGCUUAAGAUGACCAAACGUCCCAUAUAAAUGGGAUUGUCCUAUUUUUUCACGAUCUUACCCGUUGUCCCAAAAAAGUCUCUCGGGAUGCCUAAAUGUCCUGUUUUUAAAAACAAACACAUUUUGAAAUCGCUAAAACUUCCUAAUUUAUAAUAUAACUUCAUGUAAUAUUUUGGCUAGCUGUGUAGCCAGUAUCAGUAGUGAUGUGGGCUCACGUUAUGGCUGCACUGUUCCCCCUCCACCAGAGUGUCCCUAUCAUAGAUCUUAUAUGUAAAUGUAUAGCGAAAGACACGUCUUGAAGCCACGAAGGGGGUGGGGGGAGGAAGAUGUAACUACGCAGAAACAAAUUUUGAUUCCGCUAUGCUACAUUUAAUGUGUUAGUCUUAUGUGUGAUCCCUGCCGGUCUGUUCGUGUCAGAGUGACAGGUGUUUGUUUUGGGUGUUGAGCUUUAUUCUUUAAAUUCAUAUUAUCUUCUCAUGUAGACAAUAAUUAUGCCCAAGCGUCAAUGUAAGUUUAUGGAGGAGUAUUCCAAAGAGUGGAACUAUAUUAAAAAGGGACACUAUGAAAGUGAAGCCCAGUGCACAGUUUCCACUAAUGUUUUUAGUAUUGGUAAUGGUGGAUGUUCAGACAUAAAACAACACAUCACAUCAGUGAAACAUAGGAAAAGACUGAGUGCCCCAAGUAGAUUUCUAUGUUAGAUUUCAUAGUUAAAAUGAGUAUAUUUCAAUAAAAAAUUUACGGUGGAGGCCCCCGGACCCCUCUUUAGCUGGAGGGUAUUCCCUCUUCCCCCCCAAAUUGUCCUCGAAAGUGUCCCGUUUUUUCCAGUUAGUCCAGUUCAUGAUUUGGUCACCCUAACUUAGAUCUGUUGUGAAUUCAAUUCCAUUGAGCUAUAUUAUAUACUAUGUAUUGAAUUUGCAAUUUUACCAUUUGGUGUCACCCAGUGAGGUCUGCACUCGCUAAGUGACUGGAUCAGUAAGUCAAUUAUAGAGGCACAAUCAUGGGAAGGCUAGAUCGGUGAGCCAGUUGUUCGUCUCAUGUUAUGCAGCACACCUUAACUCAUGGAGUUUGUCACCAAUGGGCAAGCAGUUAAGCUUGGCCUUCCCCAGAAUAUUGAUUAGUAUUAGUGGAGGGGAGGGGGGCAACACUGCUUGCAAUUUGUGACAAAAUUUUGGUCAGUAUUGUGACAUCAAAUUUUUUUUAAUGUUCAAUAGUCAUUUUUCAUCUUUCACAUGCGAAGAUGAACAAGUCUUGCUUGAGUAGUAGCCUUGACUUGAGCUUUAUUUUGUUUUAAAGUGAAGGAGAGUUGCUCAAUUUGUCAGUCUCACUCUCUCAUUCUCAUUCUUGCCUAUCUGAUCUAAUGGCAAGACUUCUGUGCUCUUUAUCCAUACCUCGAUGCAGGAGUUGUCAGCAUUUUCAUUGUGCAUGUGAUACUCCCUACAGGACUCUAUCUUAGAGUUUGAUUUCAGAGUUUGUCUUCAUCCACCUGGGGAGUUGAUGUUGUUUUUGCUUGUCUGUGCUUUUGCUGGGGAUUGAACUCAAGUUCACAAACUUGAGUUGGCCACCCAGCUUAACAAUAUAGUGAAGCAGAAGUGGCCAGUUUGUGGGCUGCAUACCUGCCAGAUACAAAGUUGCGACACGUAGAUGCCUAAUUUUGUCACAAAUAAAAUUAUUCGCUUUUUGUUCCACUGACAAAGAAAUUGCUUUUAAAAAGAGAAGUGAUAGAAAAGAUAAAAUUAGAUAACAUUAGCUUAGUUUUAUGCUUAUUAAAUUUAAUUUUUCAUUCCGUGCAUUGAGAAUAGAUAAAGAUUUCUAGACAGGAUUUAGUGGGUUUUUAUUAUAACAUUUAAACAAAGGUAUCAUGACACCCGGCCCCCUGUUAACUCUUUAUCAAAGUUGCUCUGAAGUCUUUUGGGUUGGUUAGCCCUGCAGUAAAGCAACUAAAUAAACAUAAGAUAAGAAAGAUUAUAAUAUUAAGAUUUCAUUGCCUUUUGUAGGUAUUAUGGGAAAAUAAGCUUUUUAAAAAUUCAUUUUCGUCACACAAAAGGCAAUCUUAAAGAACUUCAUACUUCACUUCUUGUUUUCUCCACAAAUGGUUUCAAAAUGAGAAACUAGAAAAACAGCCUAUUAACAAUGGUCACAUACAGAAGAUAUAGAAAUAUUUUCACUUUUUCAAUUAGGAGGAAUUAUUAUUAGUGUCUUAAGUCAUGUUAAUAUUAAAGUCCAAUUUUGAGGACAUCGGGUCAAUGUUAAUAAACCAUUCAUGGAACAUGUCGUGUCAGCUCAUGCACACUUGUAAAAAAAAUAGUUCUUUUGUUUGCUUGUACUGUCAUUAUGAUGUGAAAAAAAAAAUAAUAUGCAAUAAGUUUCUCAAAAUAGAAAACAUAUUCCUGAGUUACAGAGCUGCUGGUAUUGAAUAGCUAAGCAUGUUUUCACCUACUUAUGAAGAGGCAAUCCCUCCUCUCCCUCUUCAGGUGUGUCAGUAAUAAAAACUAAGCAGACAGACUGAAUGCAUGUCAGUGCAAUAUUUUCCCUUUCUUUAGUAGCAAUGCUGCAGUCACUGUUAAAAAUAAUUGAGUAAAGCAGCAGUAGAGGACUAAUAAAUUCUGUCUGGGAUCAAGCUUUAGCUGCAGUCUAAUGGUGUGUGGGGCAGCAAAACGUUAUAUUAAUAAUUUAAACCAUUGCCCAUACUGUGUAACCGGAAGAUCCUUCUUUUCUUUUUGUGAGUGCCUCAAAUUUAUCAUUCCCGUUGGAUUAAACAAACAUGAUUGAUGUAAACAUUUCAACAUUUAUUACACAUUUUUUUUUUAAAAAUGUGGCUAUUUAUUUAUAAUUCAAAAGGACUUAUAUUUUUUUUAAAAAGUGUAGUUAAAUAUUAUUAUGAUGGUGUUUUUUCUGCAAUGGUGUGGUUGAAAAAGGAAAUGAAAUUUAUUACAUGAUAAUAAAUGAUAAUACUCAAGACUUUUUCUUUUCAUUUCAGAUAUUGGUUAAAUAUUUGUCCAAAAUAAAUCGUUCAUGAGGGAAUCAGGAGGAAUUCAUCAAGAGUUUAGGAGCAUGGCUGUAGUGGAUCCCCACAAUCUGAGUGAGCACAUCAAUGCUCUACACUUGGAGAACGGUGGUGACCUAGAUACUAUUCUCAAAAGCAGACUUGUAAUAGAAACUCUGGAGACCACUCGUAUGUCAGUCCUUAGUCUUGCAUGCCACGUAUGCAAUGUUAGAUUGCUGACUACAUUGUUGGAGCAAGGUACAAAUGUCAACGCGCAAGGAGAAGAUGGCAUGUCUCCACUUCAUAUUCUGUGUCAGAGUCAGAAAAACCCACAUGUCCGUGUGCGAAUAGCUGAAAUGCUACUUGAGCAUAACUUGAAUGUUGACCUCAAAGAUUCCACAGGCUGCACAGCAUUGCAUCUUGCUUGCCAGAACAACCAGGUGGGCAUGGUAGAUUUUUUGAUACGGGCAGGUUGCGAUGUGAACAUUCCUGAUGAAAAUUGUGAUACGCCAUUUACUGUGACUUGUCGAAUGGCGUCAGAUGGAUGGUAUUUUUGGAAUACAGACUGCCUGAAUGAAGACAGCGAUGAAGAAGAUCCUUCAUACCAGCAGGAUGACAGAUUUCCCCCGGUGAUCAUAUGUAAAGCUCUGCUGCAUGCUGGGGCUGACCCGAAGCAAGCCACCCUGCUGCCAACUGCGGUACUGUUUGGAACAAUGGAAACUGUAAGAGAGUUCAUAGACCUGGGCAUGGAUGUGAAUAUGAUGGAUGAGAACAGACGCUACCCACUUGGAUGUGCUUGCUCAGCUUCACACAUUCCAUUUAGCGUGGUUAAGUUUUUGUUAGAGUACGGGGCAGAAGUUAACGGGGAUGGUAGGAAAAAUAAACCCAUCAUUGCAGCAUAUGUUUACAACUCUGUUGACAAGAUUUGCCUGCUCUUAUCUUAUGGUGCUAUUGUAAGCUCAGAGGAAAUGUCUGAGCUUUUUUCUAUUAGUCUUUCAAAAUGGGUUCUUGAAAACCCAGAUGUGAUUCAUGAAGAGAGCAGAGAGUUAGUAUCUUGGAAACUGCUGCUCAAAGCUGGAUUUCGGCCAAAAUUACAACUUCUAGUCCCAAAGCUCAAGCAUUUAUCACUGUGUAGUAGCUAUACCAAAGUUAGCCCGUGGAUUUUUCAACUUUUGAACCCCCUGCCGUCAUUGUCUGAUGUAUGCCGUGUCACUAUUCGUUCCCAGCUCAAGCCUUCCAUUAAUGAGAACAUUGACCAGUUGCCACUGCCUAAUAGCAUAAAAGGAUUUCUUAAGUUUAACGAGUUUUCAUCAUCAAUAUUUAGGAGAAGUAGCCUCAGAAAUGAUGCUAAAUGCAGCUCCAAGAUUAACCAGAGAAAGGAAAACUUAAAUGAAAAUACAUAAAACAAAUGUGUUUACUUUAACAAUUUAUUUUGGCAAUACCAGUACGGUAACUAAUUCUAGUAAUUGUGACCACCCCCCUUAAAAUAUAAAGGAG